CCGCGGCCUUCCCCGCCCCGUCAGACAUGGCGGCGGCGGUGGCGGCGGUGGCGACGGCGUCUCGUCGGCGGCUCCCGCCCCGAGCGGGAUGGCUGCCCACCCUCCAGAGCGUCCGCCACGCCAAGGCAGUGACCCGUCACCGCCGGGUGAUGCACUUUGAGAGGCAGAAGUUGAUGGCUGUGACCGAGUACAUCGCCCCGAAACCUGCCAUCCCCCCCAGGUGCCUGCCCCCACCACUUCAGCCCCCCAAAGAGGAGUCAGGCCUGGCCCGGCUGCUGCGGCAGGAAGUGCAGGAGGUGUUCCAGACCAACCGCAUGAUUGCCAUCUGCCAAAAUGUGAAUCUGAGUGCCGAAGACAAACUUCUCAUGAGGCAUCAGCUCCGGAAACACACCAUCUGGGUGAAGGUCUUCCCUAACGAGGUCCUCAAGCCCUUCCUGGCAGAAUCCAAGUUCCGCAUGCUGCUUCCCCUCUUGGUGGGGCACAACAUGCUGCUGGUGAGCCCAGAGCCCAAAGCCAAAGAGAUGCUGCGGAUCCUGAAGACUGUGCCCUUCCUGCCCCUGCUCGGAGGCUGCAUCGACAACACCAUCCUCAGCUAUCAGGGCUUUGUUAAAUACUCCAAGCUGCGUCCCCUCUCUGGGUUUCAGGGCGAGCUGGUCGGUGGCCUAGGCUUCCCCGCCUCCCAGACGCACGCCCUCUUGCAGCACCAGCCCCGGUGGCUCGCCACCCUGCUGGAUCAGUACCUCAGGCAGCAGCGAGAAGGGGAAGCAGCCGCCCCGACCCCCAGGGCAUCGCCCCAAGAGGAGUCCGGCACGGUGGACCCCGAGCCACCCAAAGGCUCGUAGCUGGGAGUCUCGGGCCAAAACGUGCUGACGUGGGUCCUCUGCGGGGCUCUCGGUCGCGGUGGCCUGGAAGAGGGAAAGGGGGACCCUCCCAUCCUGCAACUCGACCCGGCCUCACCGGGGAGUGGAGAGGACAGACCUCAACGGGCUUCGGAAGAGAACCGGAUCCCUGGAAAAUCACGGCCCGGGCCGGGGGAGUUGGGAGAGGAGGAGGGGCCCCUUGGCUUUCCGCGGCUUUCUAAAUUUGAGGGUGGCAGUUUGACUGGUAGAAGCUGCGAGAACAACUUAAAAUUUAGGAAAUAAUCACCGCAAAAUCCCUUCUCCAAGUCUGCCGCCUCCCGAAGGUGAGGAAGUGCCACCCCUCGGAUGGUAUGAUCUGACGGAAAGUGCCCAGAGACCCGGUUCUGACCCCUCUCUGUUACUGGACUGCUAGAUGACCUUGGACAAGUCCCUUGCCCCUGCUGAGCCUCAACUUCCUCGUUUAUAAAAUGGGGAGAGCGAUCCCUGCCCCUCCCUACCUCACAGGGCUGUUGUGAGGAUAAAAAUGAGAGCUCGAAUGUGGAAGCACCCCAGAGAAUAAAACAGCGAUGCACACGUUAA